AUGUCUGAAGAAGAUCUUGACAUUGAUAAAUAUCUUGCAACUGAAGCUACACAACUACAGAAAGAUCAAGAAGUAGAACGUAUCCUUUCAGCAUUUAAACUGAAUCCUUUUGACGUUCUUGAUCUAGCACCGGAUUGUACUGAAAAAGAUAUUAAAAAUGCAUAUCGAAAAAAAUCUCUACUCAUUCACCCAGAUAAAACUAAACAUCCAAAAGCACAAGAAGCGUUUUCUUUAUUGAAAAAGGCUGAAACUGAAUUAACUAAUGAAAAAUCACGACAACUUCUUUUAACAAUCUUUGAAGAAGCAAAGAUAACUUUAAUUGCCGAACAAAAAUUAAAAUCUACAGAUCCAUUUAUAAACACACCCGAAUUUAAACUACAAAUUAAACAAAAAACCAAAGAUAUUUUAAUAGAACAAGAAUUACGUCGGCGUAAAUUAUUAAAACGAGAAUUAGAAGCACAAGGGUUGGCAGCGCAAAAAGCAGAACAAGUUGAAAGAGAAAAGAGAAGAAAAGCAGAAGAAGAAAAGUUAUGGGAAGAAACUAGAGAACAAAGAGUUAAUAAUUGGAGAGAUUUUCAAACAAAAAAGGGUACAUCAUCUCAAGGUGGAACUAAAAAGAAGAGAAAGUUUGUUAGUGAAUUUAAACCACCAAAAGUUUUGGCCGAAGAUCCUUCUAAACCUUAUAUAAAACGACCCACAAAUACUAGUAAUUAA